CCCGCCGGCCUGGUCGAGGUGCGCCACGUGCACAGCGUGCAGCACCAGCUGCUGAUGACCGCCGCGCCCCACUCGCACUCGCACUUCCACCCGCCGCCGCACCCGCUCUACCAGCCGCCGCAGCCACAGCCACAGCCGCAGCCGCACCACCGCUACGACCUCGAGGUGCUCGAGCGGGACCGCAUCAUCAGGGAGCGCGAGAAGCAGAUGGAACGAGAAAAACAGCACCAGCAGCAGCAACAGCAGGAGAGGGAGCGAGAGAGGGAGAGGGAGCGAGAGAGGGAGAGGGAGAGAGAGCGGCUGGAGCAGCAGCGCGCCAGCGAGCACGCAGUCCAGGCAGUGCAGAAGCAUUUCGAGGAGUCGCUGCGCCGCGCACAGCAGAAGCACAACAUGUGCUGGAACCUGAACCUGAUCAGCAGCCUGCCGGCGCCCGCCCCCGCCGCGGGCCCUCCGCCGCCGGGCCCCGCGCUCUCGCGCCAGCAGCACGACGCCGCCAUCGCCGCCGCUCACCGCGACCGCGAGAGGGAGCGCGAGCGAGAGAGGGAGAGGGAGCGCGACCGCGAGAGGGAGAGGGCGCACGUCGCGGCCGCGGCCUACUACGCCGCUCCCACCUCACGCACUACGAGUUCUGGUAUACCGAAGGUGGAAUAUGUCUCUGUGCCAGCACAGGCAGUCGUGACAAAAUUGGAGUACCCACCACCGCCACAUGCACCCCAUCUUCACCACGCAGCACCCCAUCCUCCCCCAGCUCAUUCGCGAUCUGCCAAGGACAAGCCGUCACCUCCACCUACUGCGGCAGUCCCAGCACAGCCGCCUGCCCAUCCUACACAGACUGUCCUACCUAAAGCAGAACCUAACUUUGGACUGUUUGGAUACCCUGGCUACCAGGCAGUCUCUGUACCUGUGCCUGUGCCACAACAAUCAUUCCUUCAGCAGCACCAGCAGGUCCAAGUUGCACAGCUGGAAAAGGCGAAGGGAUCACCGGUGGCAGCAGCGACAGCAGACAACAAAAGUUCUGUGAUAGUGAAGAAUGAUGGGAAGCACAGCCCGAAAUUCGCCUACAGGAGCCCUUCACAAUCACCUUCACCACUCCUUGUGCGUCACAGUCCAAGUCCUGGAGCAUUGACACAUGAACCACAGAAUCUGGGUCGUCCACAACCUCGCAGCCCACUUGCCUUCAAACCUGCUCCUCCACCAGUGCAAGCACAGAGUGCAUCUCAACAACAGCCACCACACUACCGCCCUAAGCAAGUGGCGCCCGCCGCCGUGACCGCGGCGCCACCCCCGCAGGCGCUCUACUUCAAGCCGGGGCUGGCGCGCCCCCUGGCCGCUGUGCCCGCCACGGCGCCCUCGCCACCUCUGCAGACGGCGCCGCUCGACCUCGGGGUGGAGCGCCCCCAGAGGGCCAGCCCGGCCCCGCCGCCUGCCGCCUCGUCGUCUUCGUCGUCGUCGCUGCCGCCCUCCCCGUCGGCGUCGCCACCGGGCGGCCGGCGCAGGCCCGCCCCCAGUCCUCCUCCACCGGACGGCAAGAGGCGCAGAGCCGAGAUUCCAGGAGGAGUCCAGGAACCCAGUCCUCCCAUAGCAUCAGCAGCUACUACGGUACAGGAAAACCAAGGUGUUACAACUGUUCCAUCUCCAGCUGCACCAAGUCCUGCAGUCAGUCCUGCCCCUGGUACUCCUUCACGGCAGCGGCCACCGAGUGCAGCAGACUCUGAAAAAUCCAGUAGUCCAGGACCCCCUACAAGGACUUACCCUGUACAUAAACUCAAAAAAGCAUGGUUACAAAGACAUUCUGGGGAAAAAGGAGAAGCCACAUCAUCUGUAACACCACUUGUUAAUGGACAUGCCAGCUCUGAAGGUAAUAGUGGACCUGGGAGUGUCAGUUCUGUGACUUGUGGGCCUGGAGCUGAUUCGUCCAGUGGCUCUGAUGUGGACAGCCGUGGUCGCACAUCACCUCCCACCCCUCCUGCUAGUAGGCAGCGUAGACCACAAGAUUCCAAAAGGAAGAAGCCAGGUGCAGGGAAGAAAGUAGAUUCUCAAUUGGCUGAUGGGGAUGUUGGCAGUGCUGGUGAAGGGGAAAGUGCAGACACAUCAGAGAAAGAGAGGGAGAGAGUGAGGGGGAACGGAAGUGGUGGUUCAGCUAUCCCGACAGUUGUAAAUAGUGACGAACCGAGAAAGAGAGGUAGACGACCCCGUCCUGCAGCAUCGGAGUCCCCCUCAGGAGGUGCGAGUGGUGGUAAGAAGGACGAGAACUCUGCUAACUCUGGGUCAGGAACUGGUGGAUCAGGUCAGGGUAGAGGAUCGAGGGCACAGGGAGGUGGUAGAAAACCACGUGAUGGUCCUCCUGCUCCUAGGAGGGAUCCGCUAAAGAAACCGCCCGUAGCACAACUCAAGAGGACAGGUGAAAGUUUCCUACAAGAUGGACCUUGCCAUGAGGUUGCGCCCAAGCUUGCGAAGUGCCGCGAAUGUCGUUGGACUCCCAGCCAACGGUCUCGAGAUGUUCCGAACAUUUUCUGUCGCUUUUAUGCUUUCCGACGAUUGCGAUAUACCAAAAAUGGACAGUUAGCUGCAGCUGGAUUCUCAGAUCCACGAGUUGAUCCUGCACCAGACGAUCUGCGUUUGUGGCUGCCAGACCCGUCCGAUCCUCCGACAGAUUUAGAUUUGGAUAUGGCAAAGAUUUUGCUGGAAGAAGUUGGAGAUGAGUUCUGCAAAUUACUGAGACAAGAAUCUGAUUCUGCAGCAGCUCAUUCUUCAGGACCCACACCUGUUGCAUGGAAGAGAGUAGUGAGAGGUGUACGUGAAAUGUGUGAUGUUUGUGAGACAACACUGUUCAACUACCACUGGGCUUGUGCAAAGUGUGGCUUUGCUGUCUGCAUAGAUUGUUAUAAGGGACGCAAGGCGGGCAAGAUCCGUCUGUGGGCAGAACUGGGAAAGGACAGAGAUGAUUUCUCUUGGCUGUUGUGCACAAAUCGUCAGGGCCAUGAGCAGGAUAAAUUAAUGCUAACACAGAUCAUUGCAAGUGACUGCCUCACACGUCUUGGGCAAGAUAUGCAUCGUGAGAGGGAACGCUGGGGCCUGACACGUUGUUCCUGUUCUGGUAGCCAGCCCCGUGGUAGAAAUUCUCCAGCUAAUGGUUCUGCCUCUGCAGAAAUUGCCAAUGGACUACCCAAGGAUGCGCAGUUACGAGUAGAAACGGAACCAAAGGUAGCAGUAAAAAUGGAACCGAACACUUCAGUAAAAACGGAAGCCCCCAAUGGUGACCUCCAUCACAGUGAGACCGAUACACGUCACUCGACAAAGAAUUUGAUUGAACAGCGGAUCAACGAGAGGUGUACUCUAGCUUGGCUAGCUGAGUUAGCUUACAUGAAGGAAGAGCUAGAUGCUUAUCAAGAACCUUCUACUGAAAUGAAGAGGGAGCCAGGUUCAACAGAUGCUAAUGGCAGUAAGCAAGAAGUCAGUGGAGAUGCGGGAAAGAGAGAACAAGGUGUUGAAGAUGGGACUGCAUCCAGUGGUCGAGGACAUUCGACACUAAGAGAGCUGCUCAUACGCCCUACAGGUGGAGGUAAUGGGAGUCGUGCACCAUCUCCUGCCCCGUCAUCUCCUGGACCAGCACCACCUACUGAAGAAAAUCGUCCAGCUGCACCAGCACGCUCAAAAUAUAUGCCACGUCAGCAUAAGGGACGCUCGUCAAACUGCAAAUUGGAGACUGGUUCUCCAGAUUCUUCUCCACCACACACGUGGUUGUGUGAUGGUCGUCUGCUGAGGCUGAACGAUCCUUCACAUAAAGGAAACCAAAAAAUGUUUCAGGAACAGUGGAAAAAAGGAUUACCUGUGCUGGUAUCAGAUGUAUCAAAGCAUCUGGACAUGACUCUUUGGCAUCCAGAUUCAUUUGCACGUGAUUUUGGAGAUGAGAAGAAUGAUCUUGUCAACUGCAUGACGGGAAAUAUUGUGCCAAAUCAGCCGAUGAGGCGAUUUUGGGAGGGCUUUGAGCACUUCUCACGUAGAUUGGUUGAUGAAGAAGGAAAACCAAUGCUUCUAAAACUGAAGGAUUGGCCACCAGGAGAUGAUUUUGCAGAGAUGUUACCAUCACGCUUUGCCGACUUGAUGAGAGUGCUACCUCUCUCUGAAUACACCCAGCGCACUGGCCGUCUUAAUCUGGCAUCACGUCUUCCUGAAUGUUUUGUGCGCCCUGAUCUUGGUCCCAAGAUGUACAAUGCCUAUGGGUCAGCCCUCCAUCCAAAGCAUGGGACUACUAAUUUACAUCUUGAUAUAUCGGACGCUGUGAAUGUUAUGGUAUAUGUUGGAAUUCCAAAAGAUGGAGAUAGUGAAGAGCAUAUUAAAGAAGCGUUCAGAGCUAUUGAUGAGGCUGGAUGUGACAUUAUUAUGCGGCGCAGAGUUCGUGAGAAAGGAGAGCUACCAGGUGCAUUGUGGCACAUUUAUAGUGCCUGUGAUGCUGCCAAAAUAAGAGACUUGCUCAAUAAAGUUGCAGUGGAAAAGGGAGUGCGACUUGAACCGCAUCAUGACCCUAUCCAUGAUCAGAGCUGGUACUUAGAUACUGAGCUGCGUAACAGACUUUACCGUGAAUAUGGUGUUGAGGGAUUUGCCAUAGUUCAGUGUUUAGGGGACUGUGUUUUCAUUCCUGCUGGUGCACCACACCAGGUGCGUAACUUGCACAACUGCAUUAAGGUUGCAGAGGACUUUGUUUCACCGGAGAAUGUGACACAUUGCUUUCAUCUGACUGAAGAGUUUCGCGAUCUUUCUGAUACACACUCCAACCACGAGGAUAAAUUACAGAUAAAGAACAUUAUUUAUCAUGCUGUGAAAGACUCUGUGUCAGUAUUGGUGCAUGCUCGUGAAAAGAUGGAAUCUGAAACUGUGAACAAGCGUAUUAAACGAGAACCAGUUUCUCCAAAUCGGACAUCAGGCAACCGUGGCGAUGUGUCUGCAAGUCCUGUAAUUCCUAAGAUUGACUCUAAGAGUGAAUUAAAAGUGGAAACGGAGGAUGAAGUGGAGGAUGGAGAUGAGAGAGUGGAGGAGAUGUCAACAGCGUGUGAAGUUGGUGGUGAUACUUGAAAGUCUUUGACUGGAUGCAUUAUCUGAUCUCACCAAUGUGGCCCAUUGUGGGUUCUUCUGUAUAAUUUUUUAAUUGUAAGCUGACUGGCUUGGUUGGCAAGGCAUCUUUGUAAUACUGGAUUGUCAUGUUACAUGUUGUUCCUGUCUGGUCUGAUGCAUUUUUUCCAUGGCACCAUUUGUUGUUUGUGAGUCCAUAAAGCAGCCAUCUUUUGGGGGUACAGAAGGUGGAACUGCAAUCCUUUUAUGCAGCUGAUGUAACUGUGACUGUGAUUGAUGUAAUGAGUACCUUCCAUCAGCUGCGUGGACUUUCUGCAAGUGAAAAUCAUUCAUUCUCACUUCACCAUAAGUGUCAGAAUAUUUUUUGGGUUGAUCUGUUUCCCAUCGAAUGCGCGAUAUAGUUACUGAUGUGGUAAUAUAAACUAGUCAGAUAAGCUAAAUGCAAUAUUUAAUUUUUUUGCAAUAUCUAACAGUAUCGUGAAAUCAUUUUAGUAAAAUGACACUUGUUUACGUAUUAGUUUUAAUGUGAACUUUGCUGUCUCGAAUAAACUUUUUACGUAAAAACUC